AUGAUGAAUCAAAUCUUGCAAAGUAUCACCAACAAUAACAACAGCAAUAACGGUAAUGAUCAAUCGCCGUCUUUCGUGUCUAUUCUUGAAGCUUACCAACGAGAAAAGACAAUGAACGAAAUGAUCUUCAAGAGUCUUUUGAGCUCAUCGUUGCAGUCGCAGGCUCAACAAUCUCAGGCUCAACACUCACAGGCUCAGUCUCAGGCCCAAUUGCAACAAAAUCAGCAGCAGCAUCAUCAUCAGCAACAGGGUCCAAACUACGCUGCUAUUCUGGCUGCUGCGAAUGCUCAGAACGAACUGAAUCAACAACAGCAAUUUCUUCAACAAGCCCUUCUGGGCCGUCCGAUGAAUAAUUCUGGUUUACCAGCUCUGAUGCCCUCGAGCGCCAACACUGUCUCUGACUCGACUUUGUUGGCGUUCCUUCAAGGGAAUCAUGCCAAUGGCCUCAAUGCGCUUUCAUCAUCACCAUCGGCACCACCACCAACGGCACAAGAUCAUGCCAAUUCCAAUCCUUUUGGACAAGCAUCACAACAGUCAGCAGCUGAUACCAAGCUAUUUUUGUCUUCCAAUAAGGACAACAAGAUUGACCUGGACAACUUCAAGGCUUCUUCUUUGUUGCCCAAUCUCAAGUCAUCCAACGCUGCUAUUCUGAACGCUAAUGGAUUGAGCAGCAACGGCUCCAACAAGGAUCUCUCCACGUUGGAUACAGCUGCUCUUUUGAAGCUCUUAACAUCUGUCAAGACAGGAGGACCUACUCCUGCUCCAGCUCCCAGCAUGGCAGCUCCAGUUGCUCCUCCUGCCCCAGGCGAUGCUGCCUUGUUGGCCAUGAUUCAACAAGUGCAGCAACACCAGCAGCAACAUCAGCAACAACAACAACAAGUGCAGCAACUUCAGCCACAAGCCAAGAUCAACAUUACGGCCACUGCUUCUUCCACUCCUCGUACCUCGAGUCCAGUCAACUCGUUCCUGUCCCCCGUUUCUCCCAACAACAACACUUCCACCGCCAACCUUGCCAUGGCAGUCGAGAUUGCUUCAUCUUCUUCCAACAGCAACAACAAGAACACGAACAACAGUCGAUCCAAUAAACCACUACCAACCAAAUCGACUGCUUCUUGUUCCUUUAUUGAAACACAAAAUGAAGAUGUUCUCUUUGGAAAGGGCCGUACCAAACACCAAGGCAAUCGUCACCUGCAAAAGCUGAUUGAGAAUCUAAUGGCGGUUUACGAGGCUGCUACUAAGCAUCAAAAGAAGGAAUUGGCCGACAUGGUCGUCACCAAGAUUUUGAAUUCAGGUGGCCGCUUUCUCAAGCUGGAUGACGAUGCUCAAAGAUGGGUGGAAGUCGAGCGGGAGGAUGCCCAUAAAAAGGUGGCUCAUGCCUUUCGCAACCUUCGUCGUCGGACGAAGUAA